AGCUUGCGAACCACCAUCGACAAAUACGACAAAUUCGGCUCGUUCUCAUUCCCGAGUUUCUAAUUCUAGUUUCGAAUUCUAAAGGAAUAAUAAAUAAGCAAAAAUGAAUACGAGGAAUCGGUUGCUUCUCACAUAUAUUUUGAAAAAUAAAAAAAAAAAUGUAUUAUACGUUUUAUAACAGUAUUCGCGAUGCACGGAUAGGAAAAUUGUGAGGGGGGGGGUUUAUACACGUCAAGCAUCGCUUGAACUUUCGUUCGUACAAAAGUAAAUUGAUGUAAAUUUAUCUAAGUUCUUCAAAAAGUGCGAGAGAUUGGUGAUAUUUUUCUCUCGAACCACGACAGUGCAUUUCAAUAAUUUAACCCUCGUGUCGAUAGGUAUUUAUGGGUACUCAAGCUCUGUGUUCGAUAGGCGAGUUUGUUCGAGGCCGUUUCAUAAGCGGUAUCGUUCAUAGAUCGCACCAUAAAUUUUGACACAUUAGAUUACAGUUGAAUUGGCUUUCGUUUUAUAAAUUAAAGGAACCAAUUCGACUUUUAACAUGAUGGGCAUAUUGUAUGAGAAAAGGCCUCUGAAGAGGCCAAGAAUUGGCCCUCCUGAUGUCUAUCCUCAGGAGCCUAAACAAAAAGAGGAUGAACUCACAUCAAUAAAUGUCAAACAUGGAUUUGCAACGAUGCCUCAACUUUCUGACGAGUUUGGUACUGCUAGACAUUGCAAUGUUACUGCUGCCAAAGUUGGAGCUUAUUUUAAUGCUAUCCUUGCCAAAAAAGAAGAAUUGGCAACCAUGCCUGACACAGGCAGAAAACGACAACAGAUCAACCCCAAGGACAAUUUUUGGCCUGUAACAGCCCGUACUAAAAACGGUAUUGAAGCAUGGUUCAAAGAUCUUUCUGGCUGCAAACCUCUUGUAACUCUGGCCAAGAGAGCUCCCAAUUUUAAUAAAAAAGAAGAAAUAUUCAUGCUGUUAUGCGAAUAUCAAGUUCCCAUGCUCCGAGCUGCUUGGUUUAUUAAAUUAAGUUCUGCCUAUACCGUCGCCGUUUCAGAAGCAAAAAUAAAAAAAAGACAACUGCCGGAUCCUACCACAGAAUGGACAGGCACUCUUAUAAAGUUCCUAAAAGAUCAGCUAUCCAAAAUCCAAGAGUACUAUCAUUCGAGCAACACGAAUAAUAAUUCAUCAAAUAAUACAAGUAAUGGUACAUGCACAACACCGACAAACAGCAGCACCAACAACAGUAGCAGCAGCAGCAACGGAACGGCAAACGUUCAGCCGCUAACUCCCAAUUCAAACCCACAAACAACCCCGACAGGUUCCUCAACUCCGGCAAGUGGGAAUGAUGACAACAAAUUGGCACUGAAGCAAGCGCUCAAACAGUGGCAUUACUGCAUACAACUAGCAAAAUAUAUGUUUGAAGAAGGUCUUCUUGACCGGCAAGAACUAUUGCAAUGGAUUCUUGAAUUACUCGACAAAAUGCGCUCAGCACCAUCAGAAGAUGGAAUUCUCAAACUCUUGUUGCCUCUUGCACUCCAAUAUCUCGAGGAAUUCGUUCAAUCGGAGCUCUUGGCAAGAAGACUGGCUUACCUAUGUUGCAGAAAAGUUGCCCACAUGUGCAGCAACGUGGAUCCGAGCCUCGUAGCUCCUGCUAGUCCUUCUGUUUCCACACCUAUAAAAACAGAACCUGUCAAUGGUAAAGAACAAACUGCUGUUGUACCGGUUCAACCAAAUCCACUUACUAUCGCCUUCAACGAUUAUCUGAGUUGUCCACAUCACAGAGACGUCAUUUAUGCUCUUUCGACGAUAAUUCAGGUAAUAACGUUAGAAUGUCCAACAGCUCUGGUCUGGAACAGCGUAGGCGAGGGUAAAGCUCCAUCUCUUCUAAAUGGUUCGCCUCUUGAUUAUUUGCUGUGUCCUCCGGCAGCUCUGCCUUGUCCACCAGCAAGUGCAUCGAAUCCAACGAUGAAGCAAUUAAAGGGUGCACAAGAAAAUAUACGUUUACGAUCACAGGCAGCUGAGGGAAGAUGGUCUUGUGACAAAUGGCAACAGAGUAGUGCAGGGAUGACGACGACGAAAGUAUUGGCGGCUCUUGACGCUCUCGAUCGUCACAGUUUUGAUCGAAUGGACGCGAUGAAUUCGCUUGAUACUCUCUAUUCGAAAAUAUUUACAGCGUCACCGCGCGAAACUAACACUUCGACGACGAGCACACCCAACGAGCGUGAAAACACAAAAACCGAAUAUAAUCCGCAACAGGACUCUGCUGUCGUUGAUAUUUUGUGUGAAUGGGCGGUUAGCGCCGAACGAUGGGGAGAACAUCGAGCUAUGGCAGUUGCUAAAUUGUUAGAAAAACGUCAAAGCGAAGCAACGGGUGAAAACAAUGAUGCCGAUGACAAAGACAGCGUGUGUAGUAACGGCACCCCACCUGGUUUGCCCAUUUUUCAGCCGUUGCUCAUGAAGUUUCUUGAUGUAGAUGCACCUGUUCAAGACAACUCGUCACCACAGAGCAAAACCCAAUUCACAAAUCUCGUUCAUCUUUUUUCUGAACUUAUCAGGCAUGAUGUUUUCUCUCACGAUGCUUACAUGUGCACACUCAUCUCCAGAGGCGAUCUUAUUCAAGGCCCUGCAGCGAGUAAGCCAGGAACUCCAAAUAACAGAGAGCCCAUCGACGAGGACAGUUUGUUCCCGGGCAUAGACCUCAAGCCUCCCAAACUGGAAGUUCCCGAUCACGGUAGAGCGAUGGAUUACGACGACAGUAAAAUCGAUGACGAUCUAGAUAAACUUUUGCAGCAUAUCAAAGAAGACCAACAGAAUAGCAUGGAUGCGCCCGAUAGUCCAAAAGAUGAUGCUCUCGGCGGUCAUGGAGCUCACGAGGGACUCGAUUCGAAAACACCCUCGAGCCCUAGUCGGCAUUUACUCUACACGACGCAUUUUCCAUUGCCACAAGACGAGACUUGUAGUCAACAUGACUGCAACCAGCGUCACGUACUGCUUUACGGAGUAGGACGCGUCCGUGACGAUGCUCGUCAUGUGGUGAAAAAAAUGACUAAAGAAAUUUGCAAGCUGUUCGGAAAAAAAUUCAGUAUAGACGUUGCAGAAGGCGGUAAAGUGAAGAAACACUCGAGAAGCGAGUUUAAUUUCGAAGCGAUAACCCAGAAAUUUCAAAAUCUCAGUUACUUCGAUCAGCACGUCGUCACGUGGCAAUGCGCAACGCAGGUUAUCGAGAUGCUCAAUACUUUUGCUCUCGCUGGAUCAUCCUAUCUUCCGGUACAAGAACACGUCGCUUUUCUCUUUGAUCUCAUGGAACUUGCCUUGAAUAUUUACGGCUUGAUAGACGUGUGCAUACAAAUACUCAAAGAAUUGCCUGAGGUUGAGUCACAGCUUGGCGUGCGCAACAGCCAAUUGGUGAGAAGCUACACAACGAGCUUGAGCUUGUACGUUGUUGGCGUUCUCAGGAGAUAUCAUUGCUGUCUUUUAUUAUCGCCGGAACAAACAACGGCGGUGUUCGAUCUUCUCUGCAAAGUUGUGAAACACGUUUCGAAUCCCAGCGAUUGCAGUUCCGCGGAGCGUUGCAUUCUCGCUCAUCUCUACGAUCUUUAUUCGUCAUGUUCACUGUUAAAAACGAAGCCGCACGGUGUGGAGCCGUUCAGUAACGCUUAUCCGAAGAUUCGCACGGCUCUGUACAGCGCUUUGCAGCCGACACCUUCGAACCACGUUUAUAAUGCUCAAUUUAUGCUAGAAGUAUUCAACAGUCCGAGACGAGGCGGCAAAAUCGAGCCUCAGUGGCCACGUCAACUCAACGAAACACCAGCGAAUCGUUACAGUUUUGUAUGCAACGCCAUCGUCGCCGUAUGCAGCGAAACAGACAAUGACAAACUUAACGAUAUUGCGAUAACUUGUGCCGAAUUGACGGCUUGCUGCAAUCCUCUCAGUGCCGAAUGGCUUGGGGUUCUCAUGGCACUUUGCUGUUCGUCCAACAGUUCGGCAUUUUAUAUCGAUGUUCUUAAUCAAGUGGAUGUUCAAGAUUUGAGUAUUCACAAUUCGUUGGCAGUAUUCACUUCCAUUUUAAUUGCAAGACACUGUUUCUCUUUGGAGGAUUUCGUCGUUCACAUAGCGCUUCCAUCCCUUGUAAAAGCUUGCAACGAGGGCCGCGGUGACGCUGACACCGAAGCCGAAGCACGAGGGCGUUUGACAUGUCAUUUGUUACUGCGUCUCUUCAAAACGGUCGAAUGUCCACAGCCAUCUUUGUACUCCGUUAGUACCAGUCCGCAUCCUUUGCCAAGUGGAAAUCCACGUGGUUACAGCAUAAAGCUAAGCUGCGAUCGUCAUUUGCUGGCGGCGGCUCAUAACAAUAUUCGCGUUGGACCAGUUCUCGCGGUUCUCAAAGCAAUACUCGUAGUUGGAGAUGCGACCGCGGGUAAGCAGCCACCAAAGAAGCCGGAUGUACCGAUGGUGCACUCGGGCCAAGCCAGCGGACCGGCGAGCGUCGGUGGUUCUGGCUCGGGACCCGGGGAAUUGUCGAUAAGUCACAUUCUUGGCACGAGUGAUAUUCUCGGAGGUGGUGAUGAUUUGGGACUCGAAUUGGCCAUGUCCUCGUCGAGCAGCAGCGCCGGUAUUGCCACUGAGAAUGUCAAAGGACUUUCGGAUUUUGCUCAACACGUAUUACGGCAGAUAUGCAGUCAAGAAUGGGUGCUGGAGAGGUGUUUGCAAAAUCCUGAAGAGCUAUGUCAUCCAGAUAUGCUUCUUGACAACAUGUUAACGCCUCGUCAAGCCCAGCGUCUCUUGCACAUGAUAUGUUACCCGGAAACAUCCUUAGACGCUUUUCACGAUCAGCGGACACACAUAACGAGCAUCCUCGAAAAUCUGGAGCAGUGGAGCCUUCGCAUGUCUUGGCUUGAUCUCCAAUUAAUGUACAAACAAUUUCCACCGUCUUCGAACGAUCUUUCCCAGUGGCUAGACACUGUUGCCAAAGCGGCGAUCGAUGUCUUCCAGUUGAAUACUCUUUCGGGUAAAAUUGACAAACGCUCGGGUUCCAUUUGGCUCGUGGCGCCGUUAGUUUCGAAAUUACCCUCGGCCGUACAAGGUAGAGUGUUAAAAGUUGCUGGACAGGUUCUCGAAUCGGGAAAUUGGUCGAAAACGGCUGGGCGCGAGAGGGGGCGAUUAAAAUCUCCUUCGUUAUUUAAUCAUCAGCCUUUUCUCUCGCUGGUAUUGACUUGCCUGAAAGGUCAGGAUGAUCAACGCGAAGGUCUCUUGACGUCGUUGCACUCUCAACUUUCGCAAUUUCUCACUACCAGCAAAGAGGAAAAGAAUGCCGGUUCGGAAGAUCCCAAAGGCAGAGAAGUCGUUCAGGACGCAUUGCAGCUGCGUUUCAGUCUCGUGGGUGGUGUUUUCGAUACGAUACAGAGAAACACAACCGUCACAACUGAUUGGGCUAUUUUGCUCGUGCAACUUGUGAGUUACGGUGUCAUCGAUCUCAAUAAUAAUUCCGAACUCUUCACCACGGUUAUCGACAUGCUCGCCACCCUCAUACAUUCCACUCUCGUAUCGGACUCACAAUCCGAGAAGGACGAGAAUAAAAAGCACUAUCAAAAUUUGAUGAAGAAAUUGAAGAAGGAAUUGGGCGAUAGGAAUUCACAGAGCAUACAAUUCGUUAGACAAUUGUUGCCUUUGCCGAAACUUACGAUGGAGGUGAUCGCUUGCGAACCGGUGGGAUCGUUGACAGACACGAAGGGCAAUAAGAUCGCCGGUUUCGACAGCAUCGACAAGAAACAGGGGUUACAAGUUUGCGAUUCUCAGAGGGUUUCUGCGUGGGAAUUACUGGAAGGUCAUAAAAAUCCGGCUCCUCUAUCCUGGGCCUGGUUCCGAGCAGUGAAAAUCGAACGCAAGCCGCUGACGUAUCAGAACGCCCAAAAACUUCUUCGCUAUCAUACUCACAGUCAGAUAAGACCGGCGAAUCAUUAUCUCGACCCUCCGCCUCUCCCGCCUGAGGAUCUCGAGCCUGACAAGAAGGAAUCGGAACCUGGCAAAGCUGAUACACCAAUGAGCGUUGAUUCACCUAGUCGUAGCGCUAGUGGAAGCAGUGUAACAGGAACCACAGGAACAACGACCACUGGAAAGGGCAAAGCUAUGAAACCUCGACGGCACAGAAAGAAUAAAAACGCUGUGACUCCAGCGAUACCAGUUCCACAACCAAUGCAGCAACAGGCACCAGCACCAAUGCAACAGCUCCCCUAUGGUGGGCCGCAACAACAGCCUCAGCCGCAGCAAAUGCAACAGCAAGCGCCGCAGCAACAAGCGCAACAACAGCAGCCUCAAGCACAGGUUGCUCAGCAGACUGGACUAUUCCCUGGUCAAGCUCCGCAACCACAACAACAAUGGUAUCCGAAUCAGCAGGGACACACUCCGCCCCAGCAGUACGGUUACGGUCAGCAAUUGCCACCAACGCCAGUUGGUGGUCCGCGUUACGAGCGUCCUGGCAUGAACAAUCAGUCGAAGCAAGCUCUGUCGAAUAUGCUGCGUAUGAGAGUGCCGACGAAUCAAUUUAUCGGAAAUCAGCAACAGCCGAAUGUUCCACCAGUCGCAGGACCAGGAGCUUUCCCAGGAAUGCAAAGGCAAUUCAUACGUCAGCAGUUGAGAUCACAGGCUCACGGUGCUCCGGGUAUAAGUCCAACACAAGGAAUGUUCCCGCCUCAGCAACAGCAACAAACGAUGUACCCGGGUAUGCAGCAAGGAAUGAAUCAAAAUUACGCCGGUUACGGUGGCCAACAGAUGAUACCGCAGCAACAACAGGCUGCUCAACAACAAGUUCAACAACAGCAGCAACAAGUCCAACAACAACAGCAACAAGUCCAGCAACAGCAACAACAGAAUCAACAGCAAGUUCAAGCUGCUCAGCAACAACAAAUUUUACAACAACAGCAACAGGCGCAAGCCGUUCAACAACAACAGCAACAACAGCAACAACAAGCUAACAUGAUGACUCCUCAACAACAGAGCAUCAUGUUCCAAAAUCAACAACAAAUGAUGAACACUCAGAGAGGACAGGAGUACAUGCAACAACAACGAAUGCAACCGGGAGCUGCGAGACCUCCUUAUCUUCAAGCACCUAACGUCACAAUGAACACCAUGGGCCCCAUGGGUGGAGGCGUCCAAAAUCAACCGGCACCACCUUAUAGACAAACUGGUGGCAAACCUGGUGCAGUUGGCGUUGGCAAUGUUGGUGCAGCUAAUGUUGGAUUACAACCUAAUCAACAGUUUCAACAACAAGCAAUCAAUCAACAACGUAUGCGACAACAAAUGCUCGCUAUGCAACAGCAACAACAGGUGCAACAGCAAGCUCAACAAGCUCAGCAACAGCAACAGGGUGGAACAGGAGGUCAACAACCGAUGCCGCAAUUAGUCGCUCAUCUCCAAAGACAUUCUAACCAACCACCACAGCAUUCUUAUCAGCAUCAACCACCCCCGUAUUAGUGAGAUUUGCGUAGUCUUGUAAAUGUAUGAAUAGAGAAUUUCUAUACGGGGCACGAAAGUUUUCCGUUGCCAACGUAUUUAUGACAAUUGUGUAUCGGUAUUGAAAGUUUCGACUUGUAAAUAAUUUUUAACUCUUUAAAAUCGCUAAGUAUGGAUGAGUCCAUGACACUGGCGAAAAACAAAGCUUCGAGGCUCACAUAAGCAUCGAGCAAUAUUACUUUUAAGCGACUUCACGAAUGUUGCAGUUUUACUAUCAAUAGUAGCAGUGCAUAAUUAUUACACGAUGAUUAGUAUGAGUACUAAAUACUUGUUCAUUCUUUUUCCUAUUACGCCAAGGAUACUAAAUGAUUCACUCGUUGGAUUCCGUGGAUGAACUUUGUUUUAUUUAAAUCAAUAAUAAAAAUAUAUAGAAGUUUAUCGAAUACGUGAAGUACGAAAGUAUAGUUUAAUGAAAUAUUUUUACAAAUUGUGAGUUUUGAAUGUGAGUGUGCAUGGUAUAUCCUUGUGACUAAAAAUGUACGUAUUAAUUAUUGAAGUCUGAUACUUCGAAAUCUGAGUUCGGGUUAAUGCUCGAUCUGCUCCCACGAGUUGUAAAUAUUCGCAGACACUCGUAGGUUAUUGAUUAAUACAUUUCUGUAUAAAAAAAUCUAUCAUAUGAUGAAAAAUAAAUUGACUUUUAUAAUAAA